GUGAGCUGCCUAUAGGCUGGCUAAGUCAUUUGGUGCAUGGCAUGCCUUAUCAGCGCAAGCCUACCUGGGGACCAGCAGUCAGUCAGGAGAAAAGUCAGGGGUUCCCAGGGACCCAAUCAUUAGUCAGGGGAGGUCGACUUCACAGGAUGAGGAAAGCAUGGUGGAGCAUGCUAGACUAGAGUAACACCCUUCUCUGUAAAGAAAACAAGUGUUUGGCGUUGUCGGUCUAAAUUUAGAGGUGGCUGAAAACUCGUUUUUGAGUGUUAAUCAGAUGAAGCAGUCCAAUAGCCAGUGUGGAAGUGUAGUGAUGUUUGAUAACUCGCAGUAUCCUUAUAACUGCUUCAACUAUGAUGGCGAUGGGUACCCCUCCUGCAGCACUGAUGAAGAAAAGAAGAUGUGUCGACCUGCGUACAGUUACAUAGCACUGAUAGCCAUGGCCAUCCAACAGAGUCCAGAGCACCGCGUCACCCUGUCAGGGAUCUACGAGUUCAUCAUGAAACGUUUCCCUUACUACAGAUCCAACCAGAGAGCAUGGCAGAAUUCCAUAAGACACAACCUCUCUCUCAACAGCUGCUUCAUUAAGGUUCCCCGUACGGAGGGAAAUGAAAAGGGGAAAGGCAACUACUGGACAUUUGCCACAGGCUGCGAGUCCAUGCUCGACCUAUUCGAGAACGGCAACUUUCGGCGUCGCCGGCGACGACGCGGCAUGAAGACGGGUUUCAGGGAGCCUGGGGAGCCGUUCCUCCCAGUGGACAGCCAACACGGAGGUUCCAGCAGGCCUUCUGACCCAGACUCCUUCUGCGCCAUCAGCCCUGCCCACAGACGGGGUCACCUUAACCCUAACGGCCCACUCAACCCAAACCAGCAGGGGAAACCGGAACCAGAGAUCAAGUUUAGUAUUGACUACAUCCUCUCCACACCUGACCCACCGCUGCCUGGCUUCAGACCCCCGCUUACAACUGGACUCCCCAUUCAUGUUAUGGAGCCCCAGCACCUGAAUCUGCACUUCUGGACCUUGUGAGGGUCAUGACCUUGUCUACAAGAGACAGUGACUGGAUACAAAAACUGGAUAGUUGUUCGUCCUAAUCUGAAUUAGAAAGUACAGAGAUCCACAGACUGCCUCCUUGUACAAUAUAAACAAUAUACAGAGGCCUAGUAUUGCCCAGUGGCUGCUAGCUGAGUAACUAUGUAUUCUAAAUGUACAUCAGAAGACAGGAAACAUAAACAGUGUUCAGUGUUCUUAGCCUUGUCUGACAGGCAUGAAGUUUUAUAUAAAGCUGUGUUCAUGAAGUAGGAUGGUAUGUAACAAGGAUCUGUAAAAACUAACUAUUCACCUAUUUAAUAUUCCCUUUUGAAGGACAGAAAUACACAGUCUGUUGACUGAGACAGAUAAUGAAACUGAAGGGACUGUGACCUGUGAUACUGUCAUCGUCAUAACGUAUCAAGAUUAAAAGGUAAUAAUUCA